AUGGGGGACGAUCCGGCACGGUUAUAUCGCUUGGACGGAGUCGCUCAUAUAGCCGGGGUCAUCAACGAGGAGCCCCAGCGAUGCAUUAGGAGCAUGCGGCGGCAGCAGGGCAUGCGACUUGAUGACAGAUACGUUCCGUACUUGCAGAUGGCAGGUCUAUACCAUCUUGCAAGGCUGAACGACCAAUGGUUCCGGCUAGACGAGGCCCUUGUCAGUGCAUUCAUGGAGCGAUGGCGUCCCGAGACGCACACGUUCCAUAUGCCGUUCGGAGAGUGCACGAUCACACUCCAGGACGUGGCAUACCAGCUGGGUUUGCCAGUGGACGGCCGUUACGUGAGCGGGUGCUUGUCAGAGUUCCAUAUAUACAUCGAGGGUGGCCGUCCAGCCUGGGUCUGGUUCCAGGAGUUGCUCGGAGUUAUACCUCCUCCCAGUCAGGUUCAGAAGUACGCAGUGAACUGCAGCUGGUUUCAGGAGACUUUCGGUGAGUGCCCUGAGGAUGCAGAUGAUGACACUGUGCGCUGA